AUGGUUCCCCCACAUCUAGAAUCAGCAGAUGCUAGAAAUACUUUUGAGGACCUCUCAGGUGUUGAUAUUGCUGCAUACAACAACCCCUAUGAUGCCCUGAUUGAAGCAUGUCACAAUGAUCCUGUAGCUCAAAUUCAAGCUCGAUAUGCUACCCAUCGUGACACACGAAAUGGGCAGCAACGGGAGAAGUUACUCUCGCCUGAGUACGAGGGAUUGAUUCUGGAUCCUAUACUGCAAAGACUUACAGAUCCCUCAAUUGAACCUGGAUACCAAGAUCCCAGAAACUGCAUCGUAUUCUGGGCUCGGCCUCCACCCCAUAUCAAGUCUCUCGUGGAUAGAAUUCAGCAGGAGCUCUUGAAGCUGGCACCGAGUAUCUGGUUAAUGCCUCUCCAAAACCUCCACUUGACCGCAUUAGAAAUCACCCACUCUCUGACAGCUCCUGAAAUAACGUCUAUCAUCACGGCUCUCGGCGAUUCUGCUUCUACUUCUAUGGUAGACUACCCCUACACCCACCGAGCUCGUAUCAUCAAACCUACACUGUCCUAUGAUGGUGCGGCCAUCGCCCUCUCCUUCCUGCCUGCAGCAGGAGAAGGCCUACCGUCAAAUUCAAGCGUUCCAUCAAGCUCCCGGACCCGGGAGGAUGACAACUUCACAUAUCACCACCUCCGUCGAGAUCUCUUCAACAUCGCCCAACGGGCAGGUAUCGUUGUGGACUCGCGUUACGUUGUGCCUAGCUCGCACAUCACUCUUGGCCGUUUUCUUACGCAAGGCGACCAUGAUAGUGCGGAGAAGAUGGCGGGGUGGUUCAGCAAGAUUGAGGAAGUUAAUCAGUGGCUGGAGGAUGAGUACUGGCCGAAGGAGGGGAUGAAUGAGGGGGAAUGGAUUAUAGGGCAGGAAAUGGGGCUCGAUUAUAGAAGGGGGACGCUUUGGUAUGGUGGUGGCGAGACCGUUAAACUUGGGAAAGGGUUUUAG